CGCUUUCGUUUCUUCGCCUCUAACGAAUGUGGAAACAUUUGAUCUAGAAUUUACUUGGAUUUACAUGGAAUACGUGUAAGUCUCUCGAAUUAGAAUAUCAACAUCCUUGGCACCCUGUCUGCCUCACUCGCCUGAAAAAGAAGAUCGAAGUACAACCUUUGAACAUGCCGCCGAUACACCACAUUGGAAGAUGGAAUCGGCUGGUCCUACCGAGCAAUACUUUGCCGUCGUCUUUCAAACACAGUCAGUGCAGAUCGAUUACGACUUAUCUUCGAGACGUCUGGCGAAGCAAAUCUUUCAGGCCUUCCAAUCCUCUGGCGAACACUCUGGAGGAAAUUUAUGGUCCGAAACCUCCGAGCAACAGGAAAAUCUCAGAGCCGUACAAAGCUUGCAGACUCAAUUUCUGUCAAGCAACAACGAUUCGAUUGGCGAAGUCCGAAAGAACACUGCGGCUCGGUCUCUAACGUCUACACUGACAACGCUUAACGAAAAUCGGGCGGUCUUGCAGAGUGGACGUCAAAUUGCCAAUUGGCUGUGUCAUAUGGCGGAUGAACGAAACAAGGGCGAGUGGCACCGCGCGGCACAGACUGUGGCCAAUACCAUUGACGAAAGUUCUUUGGAAACGUCAGAAACGGUCUACCAGACUCUACGUUCGCUAUUGCUUGUACAAGACGAACAACAUGGCGAGUUGGAUUUCGCCAUGUCGGACGCCCGGUUUGCUGCGCAAAUGUGGGUUCGAAAGUACGAAGUCGAAACGGGGCAAAGCUUGUUUGAGGACGAGGAGAAAUUUAUAAAAUAUCGGGAAUACACAGAAGCUCUUCAUGGUGUUACCGCCGCCAUUCAGAAGGCUCCACCGCUCGCUACACAGCUUUUGAUUGCGGAUAUGUAUAAUUAUGUCGGUUUGUCCAACGCGAAAGCAAAUUUGUUGGGGUACAAAAACUGGGCCGAGCAAAUAUUGGAGCAUCGGAUCGUCACGGUGGAAGAAUUGGAGGGCUUGCACGAAACGAUCCGAGAACGGUUGCAACCCUUUUUGAAGAGUGCUAGUGGACAGGCGAAUAAUUCAUCAGGGCAAGCCUUGGACGAUCUCUUGACCCCGACAGGAAACACGCCUCUUGUAAGCGGGCUAAGUCCGCAACAAAUGGACGACCUUUCUCGAUUGCGCAUUGAGCGUCACGUGACGCUGGAGGGCGCCUUGUUCGUAGCGAGCCGCAUGUCGCAAGAUGUCUUUGGGGUCUCGCUCAUCCCAGCCAGCCCGGAAGAAAGUCCGGAGCAAAAUCUCGACUGGCUCGAGAUUGUGCCAAAAUUCAUGGAACAUUGGCUGAUGGAACCAUCCACAUUGCUUGCUUUGGUACACGCGUCGGAGCUAGGUCGUGAUUUGGAAUCCAAUGUUGAGGAGUCCAUUGAAGCGGCCUAUCGUCACCGCUCUCGCCAGAAGGUGAUGGAAUUAGCUCAACUUACCUUCUACGGACAGCUGGAAUUGACUCUAUUUUCCAAGUUUGAUUUGAAAGGUGAAGAAUCGAUGUUGGACCUUCAGCACCGGCUUGCACAGGAAUUUGUACCACACGAUCUGCCCGGUCGCAAAGACAUCACCGCGCUCAGGGACAUAUUCCAAGACAAUGCCAAUGGGCGUCCAUUAGCCAACUAUCGUUAUUUGUACUCUGAGAUUGUCAGCGCUCAAGUUUUUGAGCAAUGGAAAGAAUCAUAUGAAGUCGAUGUGGAACGUCUUCCGCAACUUCGGCAAAGUCUUCGUCGGUCUUUUUUGGAACGAGGUGCCGCUGUCAAGGUGGACGAUAUCGACCCAACGUAUCAGAUUCAAAACGUCUCACCGCAUGCGCUAUUUCAACGGUAUCGGCUUUAGAUUUUGUUACCGCCAAGUUACUGAACUUAUUACAAAAUACAUGCUCGUCAGACAUGAUGACGUUGGU